AUGCACGAGCCCAUGACACCUACGACAUGCCUUCAGGAGGCACCCGAACCGUUCAGAAGCUUGAUGCAUUUCCUUCACAUUCUCACCGUCCCUUUAUAUUUGGUUUCGAUUUUUUCGCUGAUCUUCAAAUCACCAAGGACUCUAAAGGACUACAAAAAUUAUUUACUCUGGCAUACAUUGGGAAAUGUUGGAUUCGAAGUCUACGUGUCAGUAUUCAUGCUGCCGAUGACAUAUCUACCAUAUCCAAUAUUUCGAAUCACCGGAAUCCUCAUGUAUUUCGACGUCAAUGGACUCCUAAUAUUCUAUGUUCUCGUUUAUUGUUUUGUCCAUACGGGAGCAUCGAUACUGGAAAUGUUUCGUUAUCGCUUCAACGCGGCAAUUACUGAGCAGACCUACACGAAAUACAUUCUGCGGCGAUUAUUCUGGAUUUUCUAUGCUCUCGUUUUUGCGUUGCCUUCGUUGGGACUUGGCACACUUAAAAGAUGCAUUCCACUACAAAAUACUUACAAGAAGAGAUUAUAUGAUCGCAUUUUCCAGAGCACCAUCGAAUCGCCAAUUGAGCUUCUCUGCAGUACAACAGUUAUCGCUCCACCUCUCCUUGAUCCGGUCUUCACACCAACCUUGAUAAUGAUCAUCGGAUUGAUUCUGUCGGGCGGCGGAAUUGUUUUGAUCACCGUCGGCGGCAUUCUCAAACGACUCAACGACAUGAGACAGCAUUUGUCAUCGAAGACAUUGAAUAUGCAGCGAAUGCUAUUUUUGAGUCUCGUCGUUCAAGGAUUGAUACACGCGGUAAUGCUGGGAAUCCCGUUGAUCGCCUUCAUCUAUGGCAUCGUUUUCACACUGCACAAUGAUGACGCCGCAUCAAUGCUGAUUCUGCUCCUCUCAUUCCAUGGAUCGCUUUCAACGAUCGCCAUGCUGAUAUUCACAAAGCCGAUUCGCGAGGGUGUCGCGAGCAUAUUCCGGCCGAUUCUCGUCAAAUUCUUGCAAACUGAGAGCGUUCCGCGAAGUGCAUUCACCAUCACCGAGAUUUCGCUAACGAGAAGCAUGAUCAGAAAAUCAUUCUGA